CCACCCAGGGAGAGGAAAAGGCAAUGUUGUGGGAGGGGGAGGAGGCGAGGCCACGGGAGCAGGCUGCCUGCAGCCGGGCUGUAGCAGCCACAACAAACAGGAUGCAUAAAGAUUAAGUGUCAAGCGCCAAAAUGAGUGUGACUUCGUGGUUCUUGGUGAGCAGCACUGGCAUUCGCCAUCGGCUCCCUCGGGAGAUGAUAUUUGUUGGCAGAGAUGACUGUGAACUGAUGCUGCAGUCCCGCAGUGUCGAUAAGCAGCAUGCUGUGAUCAACUAUGACAAGGAGAAAGAUGAGCACUGGGUGAAGGAUCUCGGGAGCUUAAAUGGCACAUUCGUCAAUGACAUGAGAAUUCCAGACCAGAAGUACAUCACCCUAAAACUGAAUGAUGUCAUUCGCUUUGGCUAUGAUUCAAACAUGUAUGUCCUGGAACAAAUUCAACACAAAGUCCCAGAAGAAGCGUUAAAGCAUGAGAAGUACACCAGCCAACUUCAGAUGAAUUACAAAGGCACGGCAAUGAAGAGGGCAGAGCAGCCCAUGGAGCACAGUGGCUACACAGAGUCUCCUCAAGCAAAGCUGGAGAAAGGAGAGAGGAAAGCAAUUACAGAAACCAGUACUUACCGCACCCCGCUUUAUGGUCAGCCCUCCUGGUGGGGGGAAGAUGAUGAAAAUAACAAGGAGGACAGAAGGCAAGAGGAACAUUAUUCAGGAAGACCAAAAGAGAUAACCCAACAUGAAGAGGAACUGAAUGGUAAUAUUUCUGCUUAUAGAGAUGCCCAGGAACAGUCUGUGUUUGCCUUCCGUAGAGAGCCGAGUUACUUUGAGAUUCCAACUAAAGAAUUUCAGCAGCCAUCAAAAUCUCAAGAAACACAGGUUCAUGAGAUCCCAACAAAGGAUAUUGAUGCUGUAGUAGCCCCUGUUGUACAGAGUCAUGCCUCUUUCACCAUUGAAUUUGAUGAUGGUACCCCGGGUAAAAUAAAGAUAAAAGACCACGUGACUAAAUUUUCACUCAGACAGAGAAGACUGUAUAGUAAAGAGCCAGCUCAUACAGAAGUGAUGUCAGCAGAGAGCAAAGUGGCUGACUGGCUUGUCCAGAAUGACCCAAGCUUAAUGAGACGGCAGUCUCCAAGUGAUGAUGUGUACAGCACAAAGAGUGACCUGCCGGUUCACGUGCGGACACUUAAAGGUUCCUGGUCGUUGACUGAAUCGUGUUGUGUGCCUUCACACCCGUUUCCUUCUCCAAAAAAAGGCAAUAGGCACGAGGACGGGACGCAGAGCGACUCUGAAGACCCCGUGGUCCCUAAGGCUGAGAAGGAGAUGACGACUGGCAGUGAACGUGCGACAGAGCAAACCAAGCUGCAGCGCCAGAUGAGGCGUGAUCCCCACGAGAUGCUGCACAACAAGCAGGCCUUUGUCAUUGAAUUCUUUGAGGACACGCCGCGGAAGAAGCGGUCGCAGUCCUUCACACACAGUGCUCACUCCUCCCAGAGCGACACUGAUCCAGGGAUGAAGACCAAGGCUGAAAAGCGCAAGAAUGCAUUGCCAGCGGAGAAGUUGGGAAAUACGGUGCCACCAUCCCACCUUGGAGCCCAGACAGGCAAACCCAUUAGCAGCUCCUCUGGGACCCAAAGAGCUGGCUCCUUCAAGAGGGAGAAGACAGAGGAUCGGAUCAGCAAUUCAUCCUCCUCUACUUCCAGAGUCAAAAGUUACGGGAGUGUUGGGAGGAAGUCUAAAAUGGCUCAGGAUUUUAUGGCUGAGUACUUGCGGGAGACUGCUCAGUCUGGGAAGCCAAAUGCUGAGAAACCAGCACCUCUGCCUGUGCCGGUAGCUCCGCGUGUGGUUAUAUCGUCAGAACCAGAGUCUGCCUCUAUUCCACCUCCAGACGUAAAGUCUGCCCAGGGCAGGAGGAAUGAUGAGGAAGACAGUGUAAGUGAGACGGGCACAUACACAAUUGAGACGGAGUCACAGGAUAAAGAGGUGGAGGAAGCACGAAAAAUGAUAGAUCAGGUUUUUGGUGUUCUUGAGUCUCCUGAAUUUUCCAGAAUCUCUUCAGCUUUUAGACCAAUAAUUAAAGGUGAAAAAGAUGACUCCAGUUCUCAUCAGCAUCUAAUCAGUGAAAAUGGUGCUAGUCAGAAGUCACCCUUGCUCCAGGCAUUUGCCUCAAAAGCUGUGAGUGGGUCUCAGGCUGAUGCACAGAUGUCUGCAGCAUCUCAAGGGAGUCAGAAGUGGGUGUCUAGGUGGGCAAGCCUUGCGGACAGUUACUCUGACUCUGGAUCUGUCUCUGGGCAGGGUGAUGGAGGUGCAGAAAAUGGUGUAGCCCCAAAAUCUGGGGAACCAGAAAACACUGUGCCCUUGAGAACAAGACGCCUUCUUCCCCAACUCCCACCAAAUGAUAAAUCUAACAGUCCUACACCCACAGUCCUGGUUUGCCAGGAGUCCUGUUCUGAGGUUACCAAACGAACCAUUGUGAAGGACCACUGCAUGGAAGCCUAUGGCGAUGCCAGCAGCCGUCUCUUCAUCCAAGAAGACUUGGAUCCAGAUAGCCUUAGUGAUGCCAGCAGAUCUGAUGAUGGCUUCAGCACAGAAAAAGGCAAGAAAUAUAAAGAGAACAAUAAAAUGCUAGAGCAGAUGGGAGAAGACACAAGAUCAGAGAGUCAGCAGUCAGGAGUCUCCCGAGUGUCAAAUGUGAGAGCUGUAAGUGAGCCGGUUUCUACUUCAUUCUACAUUGGUGAUGACAGCAACGAAGUGGGGAUUCCCUCCAAGCUCUCUCUGAGCAUGUCCCAUGCUCGAUCAGACAAAGACAGCAAGGAUCAGGAGUUUUCCUUCAAGUCUGCUGGCACACCAGUUCCUGGAAAGUCGUCUGUCAAAGAUGUUAGCGCUUAUGUAAGUGCAUCUGGAAAAGUAGUUAUUUCCCUUCAUCAGAGUCUUCCUCAAGAUCAAGAAAACAUGGCAGGAACGGAAGCAUCAUCUUUUGUUAGACAGGAAAGUUUUACCAAAGAUAAAUCUAGCAGUGGUGCUCCUCAAAAUAAACUCCCACAUAUUUCAAGUCACCCUCUACUUAAAGAUUUAGAGGCUGUUCGGUCAACUCGUAUGGACUUUGGUCAGGAGACUCACCUUCUCCUUAAGGACACUGAAACUGCUUUGGCAGCACUGGAAGCCAAAUUACUUGGUCAAAGCCAACAGUUGGAGCCCUUGGAAACUGCUGGUCAGCUGGAGGACUCUUUGUCUGGGGACUCGGAUGUGGAUACUGCCAGCACAGUCAGCAUGGUGAGUGGCAAAAAUGUCCCAACAACUGCCCCGAAACGCAAAGUGAUUGCGAGCUUGCAGAAGGAAAAAUCUUCCUCCACGCCGUCCAUCCAGGACCAGUGUGGGCAGCCCACAGCUCGGGACAGACUGACAGAGAAGCAGAAGACACAAGCACCAGAGGCAUUAAACCGCAUGGAGGCUGCCAAACGCUUCCAGAUGAAGCGCAGUGCUGGGACUCGAGGGUCUCUUGACUUCACAGAUGAUGAGAGAAGCUCAGGCUUGCCCUACUUGCCCGUUCCUGAUGCAGUUGUGUCUGACCAUGAGCACCCUGUAACCCGUCAGGUUCCCAGAAGAAAACCUUUUACUCAGGCCAUCAAGGAGGACCACAGCAAAACAACCUCCAAUGUGCAGAAAAUCCAGCAAGUCCUCACCCGCUCUAACAGUUUAUCCACCCCGCGACCCACAAGGGCCUCGAAGCUACGUCGUGCCCGACUGGGAGAUGCCUCAGAUAAUGAAUGUGUCGAUACUGAGAAAACAACUUCCAACCCUGAAGCCACUGCUUCUGGCCCCAAGCAGUCCACAGAGACAAAGAAGCUCUCCCGGCUGGACAUCCUCGCAAUGCCAAGGAAAAGGGCAGGUUCAUUUACAGUGCCCAGUGACUCUGAGACGGCACAGGCGAGGACGGGGUUUUCUGGCCGGAGUGUGGAGUCCUAUCGGAAGACGGGUGUUUCAGAUGUUAGAGCUGUGGCGAGGAAAAUGGCAGCCGCUGCCUCUGCAAAGCAGCCUCUCAACAGGGCCCGUUCAAGCAGUGUCAAGUAUUCCUCCUCAUCUGCGUCAAGGCGGAGACCACAGGGUUCAGAUUACACUUCUACUUCGGAGGAGGAAUAUGGCUCAAAUCACAGCUCCCCUAAACACAAACGCUCCCAUACUUCAACAGCCACACAAACACCGAGGAUACGUGGCUCUGGGCUGAGCAAGCAGAAGCACAAUGGCAGAGAAACAGAUGAUGAUGAAGAAUUUGAUGACCAUCCUGACCCCUACAACUUCAUGGCGCAAACAGCAGAGAUAGCAGAAAUAGCCAGGCUCAGCCAAACCUUGGUUAAGGAUGUGGCCAUCCUUGCUCGGGAGAUUCAUGAUGUUGCUGGAGAUGGGGACUCGCAGAGUUCAUCGGGAACAGGACCAAGCACCUCCCUCAGCUCUAUGCCCAACACUCCUGCUUCUACCAUAUCAGCGAGAGAAGAGAUUGCUCGUAGAUCUUUUCGGCUGGCAUAUCCAUCUCAGUUGGUGCAGCACAUUCCAGAAGCAAGUCUGAACUACCAGAAAGUGCCUCCAGGAUCAGUGGAACUGAAGGAUUUUGACCAAAAUAUGAAUGAUAAUAGAGAAGAGGAUCCCUCAAGAAAAACAAGGACAAGAAACCGUGAGGAGGUAAUCUUUGACAAUCUGAUGUUGAACCCAGUGUCCCAGUUAUCACAUACAAUCCGUGAAAAUACAGAAAACCUUGCUGAAAAAAUGAAGAUUCUGUUUCAAAACUCAGAAAGGACCUGGGAGGAGAUGGAGGCCAAAAUUAAUUCAGAAAAUGAAGUGCCAAUUCUGAAAACUUCAAACAAGGAAAUCAGUUCUAUCCUGAAGGAGCUCAGGAGAGUUCAAAAACAGCUUGAAGUCAUAAACGCAAUCAUUGACCCUACUGGAAACUUGGAUGUAGUUGCCAGUAACAAAGCAUCUGCUGCUGCUAAACAAUCUACAGCCACUAAAGUCAGGACUGCUAACAAUUCUGGGUCGACACUGGAGACUUUGUCUGCAGCACAGAUGAGAAACUACACGCAGAAAUCGAACUGUGGGUCUUCUAGCUUACAAGAUUCGAAUUUCAUUCCAGAUGGAGAGAAAUAUGUGAUCUGAUAGAAUAUUUUAUAUUGCUAUCAUAUUGUAUUCUACUGUUGCAUUAGUAUUGUGUAUGAGUGGUUUGUGGACGGUUUGUGUGGAGCAGUUGUUUAGAUUGCUAACACGUUGCACAAAAAAAAUAAUCUAUGCUGUGAGGGUGGAUGGAAGGUCUGUGUAUGCCUUUUAAACAAGACUAGCACUGUGGAGCAGCACAUAUUCAGCAUAGAGGCAAACUGAUUUUUGGAAAAUUACUCGCUACUUCUUCCAGUGUGCCAUAAGAAAACAGGCUUUGCACAUGCUCCAUCCAAUACUGUAGAAGAUAAAGUGUUGUUGCAUUGACCUGUUCAUAAUUUUUCAGUUGUAAUGAGGUGCAAUUUUAAAAACACUCUUUUUGGUACUAUACUUGUUUUGGUUUUAUUUGUUUUUCUUUUUUUUAAGUGUACAAGUGAAGCAUAACAACUCUCUUGGAAUCAAUGUGCAAAUCCAACAGAAUGAUCGUGCAAUAUCAUGGGUUUCUGUUUGAAACUCUUAGUGCAGUUGUGUGAGAAGCCAUAAAAAGGCAACCACAGUGAAGCUGUGCAUCCUUUUCAGUCCAGGACCCAAACCAGAACAGAAUAAACUAUUUUUUUUUUCCUCUAUGGAAAGUGUAAAAGUUAAUACUGAUAGGAAUGUAAAGACUACUAAUACAGUUACUAUUUUUGAUGAUCUUUCAGGCCCAGAGUUUGGGGUAGGUACAAAAAGUCAGAUUUUACAGUUUAGCUUGCCAAAUUUUCAUGACUUUGGUACAAAUGCUGUCUUUAAGCUGCUUUUUGGUUUUGAUUGUUUUGAAACAAAUCAAACCCCCCCCCUUUACAUAUACAACCUUUUACAAUGAGCUACAAAUGCUCUUGGCUGAGCUGAAGACUAAAAUAUUGUGAUUAGCUAAGAAAAACAUCUGUUCCAAUGGCUCAUGCAAUAAACGUAAUUGUGCAGUUGCUGUGAACUAGUGUUCACUGACAGCACUGAAAAAAAUGAUGGCUUAAAAUGUAGCUUCACCUUUUAUGGCUAGUUCUGUUAUGAGUCUUUUUCAAUGCAAAAGUGCUUGAAGACCAUCAUUCUGUGGUAUUCUUCAGAUACUGUUCAACAGUGUCAGGCACUUGGUACAUUUGGCAUUUUUGUCUGCAUUUUGGUUUUGGUCUGUUAAUAUCCUAGAAACACUAAGGGUUAUGAGCAGUUGCACUGAGCAAUUUCUUGUUUAAAACCAGCUAGUUUUUUGUAUUCUUUCUGCUAAACUGCAGGACACUUAAGCAAUUUUUGUGGCUUGAAGAACUAAGUUUUUUUCGUUUUUUUUUUUAGGGGGCCUCUUCCAGAUGUGUUUGCUCCCAGUUUUUUCAGUCUUGUAUCAAUUCCUUUUUCAUUCUUCCUGGUCAAUAAAAAGUAAUUGGGUAAAUGAGUUCUUUUGUAGCUGACGACGAUACCUUUACUGGGAAAGGUGAGCAGAUGAGUUCCACUUUGCCCUCAUACAGUGCAUAGUUUAACUAGUGAAAAUGGUUUCCCAAGCUUGACUGCUUCUUGUGUGCUGACUUCAUAUUUUGGGGGUGGGUAGUGGAUUCUUUAGUUAGCUUCAGUAGUUACCUGAGCUUUUCUGCUAGAAUGUUGUAACAGUGGGAACCUGUUAAAAUUAUUUAAAUAAAUAGGGAUACUCACAAAGUGUUUAAUCUUACUAGCCAAGAUCGUGAUGGCUUUUCUGGUGAUGCCAGUGUGAGUUGUCUAUCAAUUCAGCAGUAACAGGAUCAGUCCCAAAGUGGGAGUAUGCCAACAGGCCAUUAGUUUCUUUGAGUGUGCAAGAUGCUGGCUGAUAAACAAUAGGUGCAGAUAUCCUUCCAAGAUUUCCAGUAGGUUAUAAGACUCAUCAGCUUGUGUGGAGAUGCUCUUCCAUGAAGAAGUCUGCUGGAAUUCAUGUAGAUGAAUGCAGAAUGAAAAAGAAUUUGCCCUUGAUGUUCUUCUGCCUGUAAUAUGCGCACUAUCUGAAUGUGUUCAGUCAUUUAUUCUGAUCUGUCUUUUCUUGAAAUACCUGCGUCCUUGAUGAAUAUCGUAAGUGGUGGUAUUGUUUCUGACAUAUGAGACAGUUUUUCAGGCUCUUCUGGGUUAGGGUUUGAACCAACCAGGUGCUACCUCAACUCACUAGGAGUUGAAGGGCCUUCACCGAUUAGGCAUUGUUGUUAGUGUCAGUUUUGCUGUAGAGACAAGUGAAUUAUGCAGACAUCUGACAUGUAUUAUUAUUCUAUAAUUUAUUCUAUUAUAGCUGUGUUUCUACAUCUUCGUGGUUAUGCUCUAGUGGAUUUUAUUUCUCUAAACAGAGGUCCUAUCAUGUACUUUCACUUGAAAAUCGCUUUCUUCUUCUUUCAUCCAUGAAUACAUCAGGGAUGGAUUUUAUUCCUUGGCUGCUCUGCUCUGAACUCAGGAGAGAGCCCACAGACACCUUGCAUCAAUUAACCGACAAAAUAUGGUACCUCUUCAAGUGACUAAUAAAGAUGCAACAAUUGGUGUCUGUUUAUAAUUUGGAAAUGUGUGUGUGAAGGGGGUGGAGGAUUCACAGCUUGAUUUGUUUUAUUUGUGACUCACCUGAACUAUAAAAUGCUUCUGUGUCUUGACAUGACAUUCCUUGGAUCUCUGCAUUUAAAGCAGUUUUGCGAGUUAAUGAUGAAAUGGAACAUAUUUUUAUUUUCUUCUUGUAUUCACUGCUUCAGAAGUACACCCCAUUUGCACUUGUCUGCUCCAGAUAAGCCAAAGAGCUGGCCACCUAACUAACUCCUUCAUUGAUUGUUCAUUAUUAUAAGCAGUACUGUACACGAUCAUUAAAACAUGCCUCUGGGUGACUCCACUAGAAGUGGUGUAUCUAGGUGGCCCAGGAUCAGUGUGUGAAAUACCUGUUGGCUUCUAUGAGGUACAAAUGGGCCUCGUGUUGAGGUUGGUAGUAGUAACAAUGGUCUGUGGGUCACUUUCAUACCAUAUUGCUUUCAUGUGUUUUGUAUCUGACUAAAAAUAUGUAAUGAAGGAUGGGAUUCUCAAAGUCUUGGGGGAAGCAAAUGCUCAUGUCCAUUUGGGUCGCCAUACUCUUUGGGUGCCUGAUGCCGUGAACACCUUUCAAAAUCCCAGCCUCAGUUCUUCCGUUAUACUUGAAAACCAUGUUCUCAGUCUGACGCUUUCAAAUGUAAAAAACCUGUUACUCUGUUCUGAUAGUGUGAAUGUAAAUUCCUGGGAGAAUGUGUACAAGCUUUGGGAGCAAUGACCUAAAUGUAUCUACAAUAACGUCAUGAUGUGGUCGUGCUCCAGGAGAAAAGGAACACAUGCAUCGUCUUUUGAGUAUUUCAGUAAAGGUACAACUAGUGGAAUGUUUACGUACAGCCUACUGAAACAAGAAGGAGGAGAGAGAAGAAAGAUAAAGUGUAUAGUAUUUAAGUGCAAGAUUCUGCUAGUUUUUUAUUGUUUUGCAGAUGACACUAGCUAUUUUUGAAGUUCUGUAAAUGUUUAUAACUCUUGCAAAGACCAGGCAGAACUACCUGUUCACGUUCAAUGUGCCCUGUGCUGAAUUGUGCCUAUUUCACUCUCUGCUGUUGUUAUGCUGCUGAUUCUGCUGUUCUGAACUGUUCACUGGAUCAUUCCAUUUGCAUGCAACACAAAUGCAAGCUGAGCUGUCUGAGAGUAAAGCUGAAACACGUUUGUAUAACUUGAAUCAAUGACUUUCUGUUUUCCACACCCUCUUGAAAUGCUGUGUAUAUUUUUGAUUUGUUUCUUCUGCCCAAAUUGUUUUCCUCUUUUGUUUUCUUUUGAAUGGUAAUUUAUUUUUGUUCGGAUUAUAGGCAGUAUCUGUACAUUUUGUUUCAAGGUGAUGUUGUGGACAUCUUUAAAAGACAAAUUGUUAUUUUAUAUAAUUUUAUCAUAAAAUUGCUCUAAUAAAUCAUUCUUUUAUCAUGUGACAAUGA